AUGGUGAUGAUCAAUUCUAAAUUGCCAGAGUUCUUGGAUUUCAGGGACAGACUCCCCAAAGAUGGAGUGACGUUGGUCCUUCCACAGAGCCCACGUAAAAGGACAUCCGAGAUCGUAGACGCUAACAAGGACAUUCCAUUUAUGAUUAUGGAUGGCCCAUGCGAAAAGGUUUGCCCAUCUUCGAAACGUAAGAAUGAGGAGUAUGACGAAAAGAAUGAAAUGGAGACGGGGCAUUGUUCGGUGAAGAAGCCAUGUUUGGAUGAAGUGUUUUCAAAGUUGAGUGUCGUUUAG